GGCCGUGGUCGUGGAGGCGGACCUGACGGCUACAGCAGUCGAGGCGGUUACGAUGGCGGUCGCGGCGGUUAUGAAGGUGGUGGCCGCGGAGGAUAUGAUGGUGGUCGAGGUGGCUUCGGCGGUGGUCGUGGUGGAUAUGAUAGUGGUCGAGGAGGAUAUGACGGUGGAAGAGGUGGAUAUGACGGUGGACGCGGUGGCUACGACGGAGGCCGCGGAGGAUUUGGUGGAGGAAGAGGAGGGGGAUUCGGUGGUGGCGGCGGCGGAUUUGAUGAUGGAGGUCGUGGAGGUUUUGGUGGAAGAGGCGGUGGACGAGGAGGAAGAGGAGAUUUUGGAGAUAGAGGCAGCCGCGAUGGUGGAUUUGGAGGCCGUGGAGGCUUUGGCGGUGGACGUGAUGGUGGGUACGGUGGCGGUGAACGUCGCGGACCAAGCCGCUGGGAUGACGGCGGUCGGGGCGGUGGUCGAGGAGGCUUCCGUGGCGGGUAAGAAACAAUACCGAACUUUCUUUGCUUUUCUAAAAAAUUUCGUUAUUUGGCCUUCGCUCAUGGAGCUCUCAGUUGAGAAAACGUUCGUGUGGUGAUG